ACAAUGAAGAGAGAGGCAUCAGUCGAACCAUCCACUUCAGUGAAAAGUGUCAAGCUGGUGAGGUCAGACUCACCUGCAUCCAGCUAUGUGUCUCUAAAGACAUUGGAUCCACCAGCAAACUUCAAAGAAGAAUUUGGACUUCAUUUAAGAGUGAAGCUGGAGAAAUCAGAGUCACCUGCACCCAGCUGUGUGUCUUUAAGGUCAAUGGCUACACCAAUAAACUUCAAAGAAGAAUUUAUGCCUGAUUCAAGAGUGAAGCAGGAGAGAUCAGAGUCACCUGCACCCACCUGUGUGUCUUUAAGGUCCAUGGCUACACCAAUAAACUUCAAAGAAGAAUGUACGCCUGAUUCAAGUGAGUUCAUAGCCAGUCUGUUGACAGAGGACCACUUCAAAUGUACAGUGUGUACUGAUGUGCUGAAGAACCCGGUCUCCAUCCCCUGUGGACACAGUUACUGCAAACAGUGCAUCACCUCAUACUGGGCCCAGCCUAACCAUGCAGGACACUAUGCCUGUCCCCAAUGCCCCCAGUCAUACAGCUCCCAUCCUGCACUUUGCACAAACUCAGCCUUAGCAGAAGUGGUCCUGAAGCUCCAGCAGUUCAGUCCUGUUCUACCUACUCACUGCUACGCUGGUCCUGGAGAUGUGACCUGUGAUUUCUGCACUGGGAGGAAACUCAGAGCUGUGAAAUCCUGUCUGACCUGCACUGCCUCCUAUUGUGAGUCUCAUGUCAGGCAGCACUACACAGUUCCAGCCCUGCAGAGACACAGACUGGUGGAACCUGGACACCAAGACAAAAAACUCUUAGAGCAGUGUGACAUUAAAACAGGAGACUUAAAACAGAAGCUACACGAUCAGCGGCAGGAGCUGCGGCAGGAGCUGCGGCAAGAGCUGCGGCUAGAUGAGCUAUGCCGGCAAGAGGAGUUGCGGCAAGAGCUGCGGCAAGAGGAGCUAUGCCGGCAAGAGGAGCUGCGGCGGCAAGAGGAGCUGCGGCAAGAGCUAUGCCGGCAAGAGGAGCUGCGGCGGCAAGAGGAGCUGCGGCAAGAGCUAUGCCGGCAAGAGGAGCUGCGGCGGCAAGAGCUAUGCCGGCAAGAGGAGCUGCGGCGGCAAGAAGAGUGGCAAGAGGAGCGGCGGCGGUGGAAGGAGGAGCUGCAGUGGCAGGUGGAGCUGCGGCGGCAGGUGGAGCUGCGGCGGCAGGUGGAGCAGCUGUGGUGGCUAGAUCAACUGCAGUGGCUAGAGCAGCUGCGGCGGCAAGAGACGCUGCAGCUGAAAGAGAAUCUGCAGCGGAAAAAAGGCAGCUGCAGUGGAAAAUGCUCCUGCAGUGUCAUUUGGUGCAGCAGAAGCUGCUGCAGAAGCAGCAUAUGCGCCAGGAUGACCAAAACCACAAGCAGAUGUUGA